AGCGGUUGUGGCAAGAGUACCAGCGUUCAACUUCUUGAAAGGUUUUAUGAUCCAGACCAUGGCAAAGUGCUAAUAGAUGGUCAUACUAGUAAGAACAUCAAUGUUGCAUUCCUCCGCUCUAAAAUUGGUAUAGUGUCUCAAGAGCCAGUGCUGUUUGACUGUAGUAUUGCUGAAAACAUCAAGUAUGGAGAUAAUUCCAAACAGAUUUCCAUGGACCAAGUGAUGGAAGCAGCAAAAAAAGCUCAGCUUCAUGAUUUCGUCAUGGGGCUUCCAGAUAAAUAUGACACCAAUGUUGGAGCUCAUGGGUCUCAGCUUUCUCGGGGACAGAAACAGCGUAUUGCGAUUGCCCGGGCAAUCAUCAGGGACCCUAAAAUUCUUCUACUUGAUGAGGCAACAUCUGCAUUAGACACAGAAAGUGAAAAGGUGAGAGAUUAA